CCGUGAUUCGUAUUAAGCCACGUACACCUCUGCCAUCAGAUUCGACUGAUGUUGUUGAUGGUACUUUACAAGGCACAAAUAUGCCCCUCAAUAAUUAUGAAUAUUCCUUUCCAUCUACAGAAACAAAUACACUUCCUAUUGAUCAACAAUCACAUCAUCCAAGUCAUCCAAAUCAAUUGUAUCGUGGAAAUUUAAACGGUCUUUAUACACAAUAUAAUGUACAACAUCCCGCGUUACAUUAUAAUACAUUGCCAUCUGUAUUUCCGAAUUAUUACCCAAAGAAACCUCCAGGAAUUUGUGUCAAAUUUUUACCAUCUGUAUCUAAUUGUUCUAUAUCAAAUUCAAAUAAUGUGUUAUUAGUCGCAAAUUUACAUGCAAAGAGACAAAUUAAAAGACGACCACCACUAAAUUUGGUGCCUGAAGGCGUUUCUAAUAAUGGUAAAACUGGUCGCAGGAGAUCUCAUUCAUGGUCUCAGAAUUAUACUUCAAGUAACACAUCUAAUUGUCUUGAAUUUGAAACUAAUAAUAGCAAGAAUGAUAUUGGUUAUCAAGAUCUGUGGAGUUUUCAUCCUGCGGGUAUAUUGACACUACACCGUGUGUGGAUAGAAGGGGUAGCGUCUGAUCAAACUUCUAAUCAAGGAACAAAAGACGAACCAAAUAAUAGUAAUGUAAUUACAAUUGGUGGUACACCAUUAGUAGGGAAUGUAGCUGCAGUUGCUAAUGUUGGUAGAGCGUUGGUUGGUAGUGCAGCAGGCGUUGUAGGUAUGGGAAUGGAAAUUGCAGCUGGUGCUGUUUUAAAAAAAACGAGCACUCUAGAUAUGAUUACCAGUUAUGAAGAUGUUGCUGAAUGGCAAUUAAUUCGCGACGCUACUUGGGCUGAAGUAAAAAAUGUCAUCGAAGCUCCAAAACAAUGCAAUACCGAAAAUGAAAUAGCUAAAAGAGAAAGUGAUAAAAAAAAAUGGCUUGCUAAUGCAGAAAUUGUAACAUAUACCAGUUCAAAAGUAUCAUUACCUCCACCUUUGUGGGCGACACCACAAUUUACAUUUCAAACGUUUUUGCCUGGUUAUAAAGAUGCUAUAAAUAAAGGAGAAGUACCUCGUUCAAAAAAGAUAGAAAUACGGAGGGAUAUUGUAGAAAGGAUAGAAACCAGUGAUGAAUCAGAUGGAGUUAAUGGGUUGAUGAAUAAUGAAGAAGGCAUUCAUCGAAAUGAUAGUAGAACAGGUAAAGCGGUUCUCAUUCCAGCCGGUAAAGCUAUCGGUAAAGGUACUGGUGACAUUUCAGCAAAUCUAUCAACAGCAAUGUGUACAUCACUUGAUUUUACAUCGUCUAGUCCGACAUUUUUAGCUGUUAACAAUAAGUCCAGAGAUCGCAUGUCAAAUGGCAACUCUAAUGGAAACACAUGUUUAAAGAUUGCAGAUGAUACAUCCACAACACCUUUAUCCUUUGAGGAUGCAUAUCAUAUCCAUAUUGCAAAUAAUAUACCUACUAUGACAUCAGCAAAAUUCACAGCGUUGAAUAAUAAAAGUAAUAUUUUAUCAGAGUUUUCAAAUAAUACGACAUUUGUUCGGCAGUCACAUUCAUCUGAUACACAAUCGACAUCAUCAUCAUCCAUGGCAUCUGAAACCACAUACAGUGAUAAUUCAGAAAAAUUAGAUUAUGGAGAGAAUAAUAUAGGCGAAAAAGAAGGAAACUUUUUCUUUUCGCCUGAUGGAGAUAAUGAAGUGGAAUUACCUACUGAUAGCAUUAUAUUACCUCGUAAUAG